AGCCUAAACCAGACAAAUUGAAUAUUUACCAGCAGUGUCAGAUGAGUUGAGUCCACCUGUUUUAACAGAUAUGGAGAUCUCAUUUAUGUUCUUACUGGCAGUUACUUUAUCCUGUUCUGUUCAAACAUCUGUCAAAACCUGCAGACCCGAUCAGUUCAGCUGUGGUGACACGAAGUGUGUGCCUUUGACGCGGAAAUGUGAUGGUAUCAAGGACUGUCUGAAUGGUACAGAUGAGAAAGACUGUGAUAACAAGACCUGUCAACCCAACAAAGAGUUCAGCUGUGGAGAUGAACGCCAAACGUGUGUGCCUAUGAUAUGGAGGUGUGAUGGUGAAAGUGACUGUCUGAAUGGUGCAGAUGAGAAAGGCUGUACUAUCAAAACCUGCAGACCUGAUCAGUUCAGCUGUGGUGACACGAAGUGUGUGUCUGUGACGUGGAAAUGUGAUGGUAUGAAGGACUGUCGGAAUGGUGCGGAUGAGAAAGACUGUGUGGUCAAGACCUGCAAACCAGGUUAUUUCAGUUGUGGUGAUGAAAUGAACUUAUGUCUGUCUAUGGCAUGGAGGUGUGACGGUGACAAGGACUGUAUUAAUGGUGCAGAUGAGAAAGACUGUGUCACUCAAGAUGAAGAUGCGGCAGUCACAAGCCAGAACCAAACAGCACAAAGUGAAGACAAGACCUGCCGACCCGAACAGUUCAGCUGUGGAGACGAACGCCAAACAUGUGUGCCUAUGAGAUGGAGGUGUGAUGGUGAUAGUGACUGUCUGAAUGGUGCAGAUGAGAGAGGCUGUAACAAGACCUGCCAACCUGAACAGUUCAGAUGUGGGGACAAACACCAAUCGUGUGUGCCUAUGAGUUGGAAGUGUGAUGGUGAAAGUGACUGUCUGAAUGGUGCAGAUGAGGAGGGCUGUAGCAAGCCCUGCAAACCCGAGUUCAGCUGUGGAGACGAACGCAAAACAUGUGUGCCUAUGAGAUGGAGGUGUGAUGGUGAUAGGGACUGUCCGAAUGGUGCGGAUGAAGAAGGCUGUGUCACUCAAGGUGAAGAUGCGGCAAGCCAGAACAGCAUAAAGUACAGCAAAAGAUGAUUUGGGCAGCAUGCAGAUAUGACACCUGUGGCAAGUGGUUCAGAGACUGAGACAUGGAAAGACCCUCCAAGCAACAUUACUAUGAAGCAUAUACUGGACAAACAGUAUAUGAAGUAUUGACAUUGGAAAUGAUAAAACUAAAAUUAGAAAUACAAAAACUUAAAUUAGAGAAAACUAAACUGAAGGUGGAGCUAUACAAUCUUGGAUAUGGAGUGUAGAUCUCAUUGUCCAAGAAUGAAUUCAUCAGUUACUAUGUAUAGUAUGUUACUGUAAGGCAUAUCUGCAUAGAGUAAUGCUAAUCUGAAUUAAAAUCUCAGCCAUUACAGUUUUGCCCUGAAA